AUGAGUGAAAACGAUAACAAACUGUUUGUUGCAGAAGAGGAGGAAGAUAUUGCGGUAGAAGGAGAGGCUGUUCAAGAAGUUGAAAUUGAAGACAUUAGAAUGAUCGACGAAGAAGAAGAUGAAAUUGAUUCGGAUAAUGAUGAUGAUGAUCCAGUUGUUAAGGAAAUACCUUUGAAUUUUGGGGGUAAGGAUGAAAAUCUUCACAUUUUCCAAUACAUCAACAAACUAAGGCUAGUGAAUCAUAAACCUAGUGAACAUCCUCCAAUAUCGGCAGCAAGAUAUAAGUCUAAAUCGUCGCUAUGGGAAAUUGAUGUUCCACUUGAUUCUAAGGCUUUCUUUAACGAAGAUAAGGCGAAGGAGAAUUGGAAUGGUGUUGAAGUUCAAACAUUGAAGGGUGUUGGUGUCAACAACAUCUGCCAAUAUGCUGCGUUUAUGGAAGAUAAUCAAGCCUAUUUAGUACCUGUUAGAACGACGGCUCAAUUAAAACCCUUUUUCAAAUAUAUUGAUGCUGUGAAUCUUAAAAGAAGACAGGAAGAAUCAAAGUUAAAUGCAACACCGGCAUCUCAAAGAGCCCAGGUUGUUACGAUGUCUGUGAAAAGCGUUAAUGAUUCAUCACAAAAUAGAUUAACGGGCUCCCUAUUGGCCCACAAGGUUGCGGAUGAAGAGACACAGGUAGAUCUAAAUUGGGCGGAAAAUACAGUGCGCCAAUUUAGAGAAUCAGUUAUAAAAGAAUCUUCUGAAAGUAUUGUAAAACCAAUCGAAAGUCACGAAGAAUAUUUAAACCAUCUUGUAUAA